AUGUGGUCGCUAUUGGUCUUGGCCACAGCGGUUGCUUCGACCACCGCAGCGUCAGUGACUAAUGACACCUUGACUGUCUGCAAAUAUCUUCAAGGCAAAUAUCCCAAUUACUUCGCGUGGGACCCAUUAGGUCCGAAAGGCUUCUUAGCAUCAAACGCUUCUGUGUACAACGACAUCAACUCGAUCUACUGGAACGCCAAGAACUCGCAACUUCGUGCUGCUUGCGCUUUCUUUCCCAGCAACGCCCAGCAGGUAUCGGAUGCAGUCAUUACAUUGAACAAGUAUCCUUCUGUCCGCUUCGCACUGAAAAGUGGAGGGCACCAGCCUGCUCCCGGCUUCUCCGCGACUGAUGGCGGAGUGAUCAUCUCAUUCGAGCCCAACCUCGCGUCGACAGUCCGGUCCCAAGAUGGGAAGCAUUUCUUCAUCGGUCCAGGUGCUCGUUGGGGCGAUGUGUACAAUGUGACGGGGAGGACCAAUCAACUUGUUGUUGGUGGUAGGCUGGCACAUAUCGGAGUAGGAGGAUUGACCCUCGGAGGAGGUCUCUCGUAUCUAUCCGCUCAAUACGGUCUUGCUUGCGACAAUGUGGAUGAAUUCGAGGUCGUGCUCGCAAAUGGCACCAUUACCAACGCGAAUCGCACCCAGAACAAGGAGCUAUGGUGGUCAUUGCGAGGUGGCGGCAACCAAUUUGCGAUUGUCACCAGAUUCAAGACGCAAGCCCAUCCUGCUGGGAUGAACGGUCUCGUCUGGGGAGGCACUCGCAUCUAUUCUGCAGAUCAACGACGAGCCUUGUUCUCAGCUCUAACUAACUUCACGAGGAAUGUACCGGACUCCAAGGCCGCCGUCAUCUCUACGUUCCAAUUUACGGGGCCUGGCGCUGCGAUAAAGGUGCCGCUCUUCUUUUUUUUCUACGAUGGGCCAAAGCCACCUCCAGGGGUCUUUGACGAGUUUGAUGCCAUCAAAUCGACAUCGAACGAUACCGACACCAAGACUUAUUAUGCCCUAUCACAGUCUGCGGGAGGAGCAUCAUUGAACGGUUUUGGUAAUUCGUUCCGGGUCAAUACCGUUCCAAACUUGCCGCACGAUCAAAUGGUUCAAUACUACGAUGCUUACUGGAACAUCACGGAAUCUCAGGCGUUCAACAACAGCGUGACCAACCUUCUGGAUUUCCAACUGAUCGGAUUCGAUGCUCAACCACUGCCUGUUCAGAUUGCUCAAGCCUCGCAAGCGCAGGGCGGAAACGCUCUGGGACUCGAUCCCGCUCACGGUGAUCGUGUCUGGGUUGAGAAUGACUUCUUGUGGUCUAACAAACUAUGCAACGACAAAUGUCCCGAAUAUUCCCGCCACAUGUCAGAUUUGGCGCUCGACUAUCAAAAGCAGAACUAUGCUGGUGUACCACCUACCAAUUACCAAUCAGGUGACUUGGACUGGAUCUCAUACAACCCGUUGUUUAUGAACGAUGCGGCACCUUACCAGGAUGUAUACACAAGCUAUGGCAGCGAGAACCUGGCGCGGCUCCAAGCUGCCAAAAAGGCCUAUGAUCCUACGGGAUUCUUUACCAAUCGACAAGGUGGAUUCAAACUUCCAGCUUAG